CAUUACAUCAUCACAAACUGUGUUAAGCAGAAAAUGGCAACAUCAGACGUAGAAGCGGCGCACAGAACAGCAUUUCAAUUCUGUGUACAAUCAGAAAUGACGCCUAUUAACACGUUACACCAGAUGAAAUCCACAGAACGUUACAAGAAUGUUUCAAGAGCACCUGUGUAUAAAUGGCAUGGUAGAUUUAUCGCCGGUAAUACGGAGUGUACACCUUGUGAGCGGCUGAAGUACAAGGAUUGCAGAACAGUGAAAUCUGUGCAGGACUUCAUUAACUGUGACAGUCGAUGUACCGUUCGAGAAGUUGCUGAGAUGGCCGGUAUAAACAGUACGCCGCAAUCUCAUGCAUGCGUUACGGAAGAAGCGCCCAGAUAUGGCAGCUCAGAUUGAAAACGUAGUAUUGCACCAGGACGCACCAAGCCAUACAGCUAGGAACACACAAUUAAACAUCGAUGUGUUAGGGUUCCUGCGAGCUAUCCAUCCACCAUCUUCCCCCAAUCUUGCGCCAUUGGUUUUUGCGUAUUUUCCAAAGUUGAAGGCAUUUUCGCGAGGAACACUGAUAGAACUGAGAUCAGCCAUGCGAUACAAACAUUCAAUCGCACAUUAGACUGUGAUUGGUUCAUGAACGUUGAGAACUGGGUUCGACAUAGCUAGUUUCGACUAUAUUUAUAUAUCACUUUCCUGGUGCUGGCGUCAUUUUAAACUUAUACAAUGUACAUAUACCUGAAUAACUUGUUGCACACAACGUAGCCCACAAAUACAUGUACACGUACAACAAGUGUGUUCUCGACCCUACGAUUAUCUUUUAAGUAGAUGCUUGUAUUUGAUAAUAACUACAUAAAACAUGAACUGUAUGCACACUUUACCUUAUCGACUCGUUAAACAGAAUUAAUCCACAUACAAUCGAAUAAUAAAUAAUUCCAUUCAGAUUGAUUUUACAGAAACAAAUACAUUCCAGAAAAAUCGACAACCUUUGUAAAAUAUCUGCACAAACAUCCUAUUUCUUUUCAUCCUACGGAAAUAUUCCAUUAAACCUGAUAAGCCAUUGACGUUUGUUUACACUUCCAUGUGGUG